UUUAGCAGAGCGCGCGCGCCCAGCUCCAUGGAAGCGCACUUCCGUCCACGCGCACGUCAGCAGGUGCAGACAGAGAAGUGGGGUCUCGUGGCUUCAUCAUCACUGCAUCAGAAUAACGCCGGUAUAUAAUACUUUUACAUCAAUAUAACAUUCUCAGAAGAUGGUAGCAAAACAAAGGAUCCGUAUGGCAAACGAAAAGCACAGCAAAAACAUCACGCAGAGAGGCAACGUUGCAAAGACCCUGGUGAGGCGACGCUUUUCUUCAGGCUGUGUGGGUUCCAUCGUCAGACGAAAGGAGCGACCUCAGGAGGAGAAGUACCCCGUGGGGCCGUGGCUCCUGGCUCUGUUCGUCUUCGUCGUCUGUGGAUCAGCCAUUUUUCAGAUCAUCCAGAGCAUCAGGAUGGGAAUGUGAUCCAGUGCCCCACCAGACUCCCCUUUCCCCCUCACACCCCUUCACCAGACCUGGGGCUGCUUGCCACCCUACGUUCCUAACACCUCCAGGAGGCCCGACUCAGGACAGCUCUUUGUCCAUCAGGGCAGGCCUGGGAGAGGAAUGGACCACCCCCCUUCCCCCCUGCCAUCCUCGAUCACAUUUACAGAGUUCCAGGGCAGGAAGAUGAAAGCUUUUCUACUGACAGUUUGAACCACAACAACUGUCUGGAUGAACCUUGUACAGUGUGUCUUAUACCUGCUCAUAUGUGUGAGUGUAUGUGUGUGUGAGAGAGUGUGUGCAGUCCAAGAUGUGACUGGCUGCUGACGAUGUGCCAUACUGCUGUGUUUCUAUAUUUAUCUGUGUUGCGUGAGAACCUUUUUAUAAAUAAAUGUGACUUUGUUUGGGAAA